UUUUUUUGGUGAAGGAUGGGGAGGCGAUGAUGACCGACCUCCUCGUCUGUCGCUGAUUCGAUCACACUCGCGCAUGCGUCCUGCAGCACAAAAGCGAGGGGAGAGAGAGAGGAGGUAGGGGCAAGAUGUCAGAGAAGCAGGGGUGUGGGGUAUAGAGGGGGGGAUGGUACUCAGGUGGCCAUCAUCUUGUUGAGCAGCACUGACGCGUGACGUCGCCAUGCAUUUCGAUCGCUAUCCACCCCCUGGAGGCAAAAGCGGGAAGUCCUCUCACGUGUAGACACCCAAUCUGUGUGCAAUGUGAGAACGUUGACGGCGGCGUGUACACCCUUUCCGUGCACAACAUGUUAGGGAGGGGAGAGGGAGGAGAGAGAGAGAACCCACGCAGGUGCGUGUAGACGCAAAGUCUGUGCACCGUGGACAUGCGGCAGUAGUACGUACGCCCGAUCGACCCCACCCCUUCUGAGCGUGCUCACGUGCUUCAUUGAACUUUGGCUGCCACGACUAGCAGCAUCAGCAGCAACAGCAGCAGCAGAGCUCCAGCUCCAGUGGUGUGCGGCAUCACCGCGCGACUGUUGUCUCAGGCCUGGAACUUGCCCGUCGCAUACGUCGGUCGCGAGCGUUGCUGCCGCUACGGUACCCUGGCUUGCUGCCGUAUGUGGUGCAACAACACUUCGCUCACCUGGAUACGAGGAAGAGUGUCAAGGACAAUUUCCCAGGAUAAAUCAACUGAAAAAUCCACGAACCACCGGAGCUGGGAAAACCCCGGCGCAAACAUGGGUUACCUAGCCGAGCUUUACCCUGGAAUUAAUAUUUUAAGAACGUGAGAAAAAUGAUCAGUCCCUUCAAACAAACCAAAAUACCAAUCAAGACGAAGGGAGGCAAGUGUCUUGGCCUCCAGGUGCCACUGGACUUGACACCUGACGAUGUGAAUGGAUUGUUUACCUAACCUACAGGCCGCUGACGGAUUUUCGGCAACCAGCAAUGCCUUUUCCCCGACGACAUACCAAAGGUUCCUCCCGUCUGGUCCAGACAGUCGGGGGCAUAUUGAAUGAUACCUCGGGCACCACCCGUCUUCUUCGGAUCAAAGUCAUCGAAGGAAUAAAUCUCGCAAAGAAAGAUAUAUUUGGCGCAAGUGACCCAUAUGUACGUAUAUCCUUAUAUCGAGGAGAUCGUGAAGAGGGCCUUAUCGACACUAAACAAACAAAAGUUGUCAAAAAGAGUCUCAACCCAAAAUGGAACCAGGAAUUCAUCUUCCGGACUAACCCUCGGGACAAUGUGCUGCUUUUUGAAGUGUUUGACCUCAACAGAGUAACUCGAGAUGAUUUUCUGGGGCUUGUUGAAAUUCCCCUUCGCUUCACAAACAUCAGCACUGAGGCCAGUGGUCGGGACAUUCCUUGUAAAAACUGGGUGCUACGACCUCGAUCAGUACGAUCUCGAGUGCGUGGCCAUCUCAUGCUGUACAUUGCAUACCUGGAGCCAGAAAACCAAGCAGAUGCUGCUGAUGACCCAGCUGGGGGUCAGACCAAUCAUGAGCCUGGCUGGGAAAUGCUGGAGUUGGAUUCGGCUCUGAGAGAAGCUGGUGCCUCAGGGCCUGUCACCACAGAUGAAAACUCCCAGGCUGCACCUUCAGAAAACCUUGAACCACUACCUCCAGGCUGGGAGGAACGGACUGACCCUCAGGGACGAACGUACUAUGUUAACCACAACAGCCGCACGACUCAGUGGGCUAGGCCUACAUCAUCGAGAGUCUUGCCUCCUGACUGGGAAGAAAGAACAGAUGCCAAUGGGAGAUCUUACUAUGUCAAUCAUCGCACACGAGUUUCACAGUGGGAUUUUCCUACAAGUGGCGUGGUCCAGACAGAACAGGAUAUACAGAGACAGCGAAGCAUUGAGGCAGCUCAACUAUACCGACAGAGGCGUCACAUCAGUCAGGACGACACUCUCAGUAUGAACUCUAGUCUGUCUGAGUCAGACCUCGCCCAUCAGAUUGAAGAAAGAAGGCAAUUGCACAGACGAAGUGCACCUGUCAGACAAGAAAUUGUGGAAGAAGAAGAUGAGCCACUGCCCGCAGGCUGGGCCAUGGGUUUUGCUCCAAAUGGACGCCCAUUUUUCAUUGAUCACAAUGAUCGCCGGACCACAUGGGAUGAUCCCAGAAAACAACGGGAACGUUCAGGCUCCCAACAAAAAAAUGACUCCCCAUCACCCAUGUUCCGUUCACAUUCUACAGAGGACUUGCUGUCUGACCUUGGGCCACUGCCACCGGGCUGGGAAGAAAGAACACAUGCAGAUGGUCGUGUUUUCUACAUUGAUCACAAUACAAGAACCACACAGUGGGAGGAUCCAAGACUUCAGAAACUAGGGGGACCAGCUGUACCAUACUCCAGGGAUUAUAAGAGGAAAUAUGAAUAUUUCAGAUCCAAGCUUCGGAAGCCAAAUAACCUCCCAAACAAGAUAGAUAUUAAAGUUACAAGGAGAAAUGUCAUGGAGGAGUCCUUCCGUCAGAUCAUGGGCAUGAAGAACCCUGAUGUCCUCAAAACAAGGUUGUGGAUUGAAUUUGAUGGUGAGAUUGGGUUGGACUACGGCGGUGUAACACGUGAGUGGUUCUACCUCCUGUCAAAGGAAAUGUUCAACCCUUACUAUGGACUUUUUGAAUAUUCUGCCACGGAUAACUACACACUUCAGAUAAACAAUCUUUCGGGCAUCAUCAAUGAGGAUCACCUAACCUACUUUGAGUUCAUUGGCCGUGUAGCAGGAAUGGCUAUAUACCAUGGAAAACUUUUGGAUGCUUUUUUCAUCCGACCAUUUUACAAGAUGAUGCUGAAGAAGAGCAUUGUUCUGAGCGAUAUGGAAUCUGUGGAUUCUGAAUACUACAACUCACUUGUGUGGAUUAAGGAGAAUGACCCUACUGACCUGGACAUUCAUUUCUCUGUAGAAGAGGACCACUUUGGAGAGCUCACAGAGAGAGACUUGAUUCCUAAUGGUCGCAAUAUUUUAGUUACCAAUGACAACAAAUUAGAGUACAUAGAAGUGGUGAUCAAGUGGCGGUUUGUCUCACGUGUGGAGCCACAGAUGAAGGCCUUUAUGAAAGGAGUCAAUGCCCUCAUACCACAAAACUUGCUGCAAAUCUUUGAUGAGAAUGAGCUAGAGCUGCUGAUGUGCGGCUUACAAGACAUUGAUGUCAAUGACUGGAAACAGCACACGGCUUACAAGGGAGAGUACAACCCCAAUCAUCCAGUUAUUGUCAGUUUCUGGAAGGCAGUCUAUUCAUUCAACAACGAGAUGCGAGCUAGGCUUCUACAGUUUGUGACAGGCACUUCCCGUGUACCUAUGAAUGGAUUCGCAGAGCUGUAUGGGAGCAAUGGACCUCAGCUCUUCACCAUUGAAAAGUGGGGCACCAUUACCCAGUUUCCUCGAGCACACACCUGUUUCAACCGACUGGAUUUGCCGCCAUAUGAAUCAUACUAUGACCUUCGUGGCAAGCUUCUGGUAGCCAUAGAAAAUGCUCAAGGCUUUGAAGGCGUGGACUAAACAUCUUGGUGCAUUGUCAUGUGCAGAUUCGUCAUGUAACCCCAGAAAAAUAUGUGGUCUCAUCGCAUUAAUAGUCAAGUGACUCGUACACACACCUGCAAAGGUGUCUGCAGCCCUUACAAAGACUGCUUAACAUGGCCUUAGGUGGAUCAUGUGGUCAUCAAAUGAGCCAGGCAACUAUUAUGCUUGUGGUCUUUUCAGAGAAGUGUUGCUUGCAAAUACAUCAAAACACAGCAUCAGUGAAAGUUCUGGUAUCUUACAUUCAUCUGGUUAUUACAUUUUUGAAAACUUUGACUUUUUUCCAGUACCCCCCUUGAUCAAAAUCUCAAGAUGUGAAGGAUUUUGAAGGCAAACACAGCUGCUAAUUUUAUCCUUUUUUCUUUCUUUUUCAUUACUGUGAACUCAUUGAUCACUUUUUCAGUUGUUUUAAAAAGAGAAAAUUUAACAUAUGAUUAGAACAGUGGGAUCAUGCAAUAUUUGCGUACCAUGUCUGUUUCUUUUUUUUUUUAAACAGACAUCAUACAAUUGUUUCACAUAAGGAUAACCAUCUGUUCAUUUUUACUUGUGCAAAAUUUCAUUGAUGCUGCUCAAAACAAAUUCUUUUUGCUCAUCUGUAAUGACCAGAAUUUGUUAGUGAUUGAGGUUGUAUUAUUCCAUACUUAUAAGCUCUUGCCUCAGAGGAACUUGAAUACAAUUAGUUUGUUAAUGGACUCUGGAGUGUCUUUUGCAAGAAUUUUAUUAAUGUGAUACUUUCCUGCUGAGAGACCUUUCGUAUAGUCCUCCCUGGACAGUCUCUCAAAGAGCACACAAGUCAAUCAAAACUUAGUGUUUUAAAAACAGUCAAAUCCUGACCUCAUUCCUGCCACAGUCGUGGCCACCAGCUGCAGGUCAGAAAGUGAUGUCCAGUGGCAAAUCCCUGGCACAUUUUAUCUUGAGAUGCAUAUAACGGGUCAAACCAAGAACCUUUGUUUGUUUAGCCUGUAUGGGUAAACUGGUAGGUUUUGCAGCCAUCAGUCAUGCUGUUGAUGGUAUAAUGAUUGCAUGCAUUUUUGUAAAUAUUUGAGGAAAAUGGUGUCUGGGCAAGAAGAAAAUGGCACACAUGAGCAAGAAAGAAUUUCCUCAGACCUAUAUGUUCAGCCUUCGCACUCGCCACUAUCUUCCUUUCACCCUUUUUUUAUUAACUUGCCUGAUUAGUAUGAUUUGCUCAUCACCCUUUAAAUGGAAGGGAGAAUCAGUUGUGUUUUUCAUAGGUUGUAAUGUAGGAGAAGCCAAACUCUGGUGGUCAUAGUAUUGCAGAGACAAGUGUUUUGCUGCAGUACAAAGUUUGUGAGUUUGUAGCAUGUGUGAAUUUUGCUUUUGCAGCAACUUCUGGGUGUGAACGUUGCUCUAUCAGCAGGAUAGAGUGUGAAUAUUUGGGUUGGCUUAAGAAUAUUAAGUAUGUAAGAAGUGCAGUCUGUCCAUGGCCAGCAAGUUUCCCCACAAUCGCUCACUGUUUUCACUAUUCCACACCUUUCUCUUUCCUACCCCUAUCCCUCUCCUCUGUUCCUCCCUCAAAUAUAGGCACUUGCACAAAAGCCCGUUACCAUCUGUCCUGCAGCCCACAAAACUACAAGGGGAGGAAAGAAAGGUGAUGCCUGAUAUGGUGUCUGCACAACAGUAAAAGAGGGAAUUUGUUGGCUGCUCUGAAAAAAAUGAACAAAGGAUUUGUGGUGCAAAUGUUUCUAUUUUAAGAAAUCAUCUUUAUACUUUUGUGGGUACUUGUGUACUUUACUGGAAGUGUUAGGAUGCAGUACACACAUAUGAAUAGCUAGCAUGAAAUUGGAGAGUUGUGAGAGGAUGAGUUUUCUGAAGAGUGUGCAGUUUGGUUGGCAGAAAAGCCUUUGGGCAGCAGAUUGUUUAAAAUCAUGAUAUGCAUGUGUGUGUAAAUAUGUUGUAUGCGUGCACUGAACCAAACCUAAAGCAAGUUUGGUCACAUUCAGAGAAGUGACGAUACUAUGUUGUUGAUGCUUUAUGGACAUGAAGUUGGGAUAUAAUGCAUGUGUUACUUUCAUGGAAAAAUGAACAUAGUGGUUCAAUGUACAGAGGAGUGCAUGUUAUGCAAGUGCUGGACACUUUACAAUUUCCUUAAGCCAUGUAAAUUUCCUUAACUUCUGAGGGGGUGGAGAUUCUCCAGAGGUAUCUAAGAUACCAGCCAACAGUGUUUGAAGUUUGCAUAUUCUAAAAUAAGUCUUUAUUUUAAACAGUCAUUAUUGUGGAACUUGAAUAUAUUUUUAAAGCAGAAGUAGUAGUCAAAAGAUACUGUUUCAGUGGUGACCAUUGUACAUAACAACUGCACAAAAAUCUUUUCUUUUCCACUUCUCAGCCUAUUCUUUCAGUAUCUUAAAGCAUUUGUGCACCACCAGCUUGAUCCCAUUACAUUUAUUCCUCUAGUGCCAGUCUCACAAUUUGUUUUUUUUUUCAUUUUAAUUAUUGUAGCACCAGUUUGGAACUCCUAUCCUAAACACACGUGUAGCCAUUGUGUGCACAUGUGCGUGUACACACUCCCCCACCCAACAUGCAUGCAUGCACACACACAGAUUUGCUGGGAGAUUCAGACCACAUUUAGCAUUCAAGUUACAGAUUUACAAACACCAUCAACCAUUCAUGAGGGACCAUCUUUUGAGCAGUAAUGAUUUUUCUUUUAACUUUACAUCCCACAGAAAUAUAGUACAGACUGUGAUUUUAUCGUUAUAUGUACAGACUGAUUGGGUCAUCGUUAAUGACAGUAUGUUAUGGUUGAUAAGUCCUACACUUUGGUAGUUUUCAGUCUCAGCAGUCAAUAUCACAACUUUUCCCUUAUGAAAGACCUCUCUCACCAGGAGAAAUAUUGAGUUUUCUUGUGUGUUGUGAUAAGGGACAUUGAUUUGUUAUUCUCAAAUUCAGUGAAAAGUAAACAUUUACUUGUGGAGAUGGUGUUUUUGACAAAGCACUUUGUGCAAGACACCAUGGCAAACAUUGAGCUAGUAACAAUGGCACUUGAAGGUUGUGUGAUUGAAUAUACUUUGUACAAAAUUCUUCCUUUUUUUAUUAAUUUCUCCUGGCUUAUCACUAUUAAGGGCAUUGAUUACCAGUCUCUUGCUUCUGUGGCAUAUAAAGUUAUUCAGAUGGAUGAUGCUUGUCAAGAUUUUCCACAUCAGGUCGGGAAAUGAAUAGCCUAAUAGUCAGAGCAAGGGUUUCCAAGGCCAGAAGCAUACACGCUACCUCGUUCAAUACCCAUCAGGUGCAGCACACUCUCUUCUCUCUCUCCUACCCACCCUGCCUGCCCCGUUUUGAUACAGCUGUUGAAUGGGUACUUCACCCCUUAAAAAGAACUGAGGAAGGGAAGGGAGACAAGAUGUGCGCCAACCUCACAGAAAGCAGGCCCUGGAAAAGUAUAGUCUCCACCUCACUUCACAACCAAAAGGUCUUGAGACUUUUAAGUUGUUCUUGUCAUAGUCAGUGAAUAAACCAGGGGAAAUUUUUGAAUUUAGUUUUCGGUUAGAAGAUUUAUUUUUUAAGAGAAAAUGGAGAUGCAUAGUUCUGAAUUUUUGCACCUUUGUUGAGAUGAUAUGCUGUCCUGAAAAUGCCUUAUAUAUAUAUUAAUCUGUCUCUUCUAAGGAUUUUAUUAAUAUCUGUUUAGUAAAUGUAUGAUAUAAACAGGGUUUUAUUAAUAUUAACUUGCAUUUAUCAGGUUCAGAAAAGUAAGGGGCAUAUGCUGAAAGGGUUGUGCCAGAUGGUAGGUUCUUUUAUUUUUUUUAUUUUUUUUGUUUUUCACUUCAGUUUAUCUCCCCAAUGUUUGUAUUGACUAUCUGGCUUGUCUGCCUUGCUAUGUUAUAAACAGUGUCAUUAAUUUAUGCACAGAAACCUUCAGAAAUUUUUUUUCAGUUAAAUUGUGGGGACUUUUUUUUUUUUUUAAAUAUUUUUUUUUUAAAUAUCUGCCAAAACAAGGUGCAGAAUUCUUAACAGCCAAACAUCUAAUGUACGAUUGAUCAACCCUCCAGCACAACCAUGACUGUAUUUAAUGAAGUCAUUUUGGUCAUCACACUUGCUGAGCCUGGGGGUGUGAUAAGCUCAUUUCUUUUGCAAUGUCUUACACUCAAAAUAGAAUUGCUGCCAGUCAUGAAACAGACAAGUAAAGAUAAGGGAUAAAUAUUCUCCUGUACUUGGUGCACUUCACUGUGCUGUAGAAUGUGCCCAGGCUGCAUGAUACCCAACUUGUGUAUUCUAUUUCUGUGAUUUUGUGCAGACUUGUUUUAAAGGAUUAAUUGGAUGCAAAAUUGUUUCUAAUGAUAAAUCUGUGUACAAGAUACUAUUAUACUCUCCUUUCAUUCUCAGGAUACACACCUACAAACAUUAUCAUGCACAGAAAGAGGUCGAAAACAGUAUUGUGCAUUUAUGUGAAGACCUUGGCUAGUGAGAGAGAUGAGAUCAUGUGACUUUAAUCUUCUAUCCAUGGUGAUUUUUGUAGGCGUGUUAUCUUGAGAACAGAAGUGGUGGGGAAAGAUGUUCACCAAGGUUUGAAGAAAUAGCUUCUUGGAGUGAGCUUGACAAAUCAGUAACAAAAAAAAAAUGUAUACCCCAGUAUUCCUUUAACUCAUUUCUGAUCUGAUGAAUAGGUUUUGUUGAGAUCAUGCAGUAAAUGUUUUGUACCUUUUGUUUUGUACAGACUGUAAUAAAUAAUAUGGAACCUGA